GAGAAUCAUGGGGUCCAGAAUUGAGCUGUACACUCUCUUAAGUGGACUCUCAUUCUUCCUGCUACUGUUGCCAGGCGAGGGGGCCAAGGGUGGAUCCCUCAAAGAGAGUCAUGGUGUCUGCUCCAAGCAGACGCUGGUGGUUCCGCUCCGCUACAACGAGUCCUACAGCCAACCCACAUACAAGCCCUACCUGACCUUAUGCACUGGACGACGUGUCUGCAGCACUUACAGGACCACGUACCACGUGGCGUGGAGGGAGGUGAGGCGGGAGGUGCAGCAGACCCACACCCUGUGCUGCCAGGGCUGGAAGAAGCGGCACCCAGGGGCACUCACCUGUCAAGCCAUCUGCACCAAGCCCUGCCAGAACGGAGGCAUCUGUGUGCAGCCGGACCAGUGCGAGUGUGCCCCUGGCUGGGGUGGGAAGCACUGUCACGUGGAUGUGGAUGAAUGCAGGACUGGCGUCACUCUCUGCUCACACCGCUGUCUUAACACGGCAGGCAGUUUUACCUGCGGCUGCCCCCAUGACCUGGUGCUGGGCCCAGAUGGGCGUACCUGCACGGAGGGCUCUCGGGAGCCCCCAACCAGUGCCAGCAUCCUCAGCGUGGCUGUUCGGGAAGCAGAACAUGACGAGCACACCCUAAGGCGGGAGAUUAGGGAGCUGCGUGGGCGCCUGGAGCAGCUGGAGCAGUGGGCCGGCCAGGCCGGGGCCUGGGUCAGAGCUGUGCUGCCCAUGCCGCCUGAAGAGCUGCAGCCCGAACAGGUGGCUGAGCUGUGGGGCCGGGGUGACAGGAUCGACUCUCUCAGCGACCAGGUGCUGCUACUGGAGGAGAAGCUAGGUGCCUGCUCCUGUGAGGACAACAGCCUGGGCCCUGGCCUCAACCACCGAUAAAGAGCCUCUGCGGCAGCCCUGCCCCCUAAUUUAUACAGAAACUGGACCCCCUAAUCUUCUGGGUUUGGCUGGCUGGGGAGUUGUAGAUAAGGCUGUCUGGCCACCUAGGAGCAAAGGACACUGAGGACAGCUGAGGAAGAAAGGGGGAGGC